CGUGCGGCGGCAGUCCCGGGGCGGCGGGCUCCUCCCCGCCACUGUGCCCGGCGGAGGCGCCUGGAGCUGAGUGAGACCCAGCCUGGCGGGCGGGCGGGCGCGGGAGGCGGUCGUCCUGCGCCCCGGCCGCGCGGCCAUGCCCGGGCCCUAGCGCCUGCUGAAGCCCCGCAGCCCGCGCCCUGCAGCCUCUUCAAUGGGCAACCUGCUGGGCGGGGUCAGCUUCCGCGAGCCCACCACCGUGGAGGACUGUGACUCCACCUGGCAGACGGACUCGGAGCCGGAGUCCGAGCCCGAGGAGCUGGGGCCGGGCGGCGGCAGCAGCGAGGGCCCGGAGCGGGAGCCUGAUCCGCCCGCACAGUCUCCGGAGCGAGCCGGCGGGCAGCCCCGCGCCAGUCCCGCGCGCUCCCAGGACGCCGAGGCGGCGGGCGCCGAGCAGGCUGGCGAUUCCACAGAAGGGACUGCCAAACCAAAGAGAAGUUUUUAUGCUGCGAGAGAUUUGUAUAAAUACCGACAUCAGUACCCACAGAACUUCAAAGAUAUCCGCUAUCAAAAUGACUUGAGCAAUCUUCGUUUUUAUAAGAAUAAAAUUCCAUUUAAGCCAGAUGGAGUUUACAUUGAAGAAGUUCUAAGUAAGUGGAAAGGAGAUUAUGAUAAACUGGAGCGCAACCACACUUACAUUCAAUGGCUUUUCCCCCUGAGAGAACAAGGCUUGAACUUUUAUGCUAAAGAAUUAACUACAUAUGAAAUUGAGGAAUUCAAAAAAACAAAAGAAGCAAUUCGAAGAUUCCUUUUGGCUUACAAAAUGAUGCUAGAAUUUUUUGGCAUAAAACUGAUUGAUAAAACUGGAAAUGUUGCUCGGGCUGCUAACUGGCAGGAAAGAUUUCAGCAUUUGAAUGAGUCCCAGCAUAACUAUUUAAGAAUCACCCGUAUUCUUAAAAGCCUUGGUGAGCUUGGAUAUGAAAGUUUUAAAUCUCCUCUUGUAAAAUUUAUUCUUCGUGAGGCUCUCGUGGAAAAUACAAUUCCCAAUAUUAAACAGAGUGCUCUGGAGUAUUUUGUUUAUACAAUUAGAGACAGAAGAGAAAGAAGAAAGCUCCUACGGUUUGCCCAGAAACAUUACAUGCCUUCAGAGAAUUUUAUCUGGGGACCACCUAGAAAAGAACAAUCAGAGGGAAGCAAAGCCCAGAAAAUGCCUCCUCCUGCAGCCUCUAGUCAAAACAGUCAAAGUUCUAUGCACAAGAAAUCCAAGGAUUCCAAAAGUUCCUCCACAGCUGUUAAUUUAAAUAGCAAGACAGUGGAAGAAAAAAAAGAGCCUGGGCAAGAAACAGACAGGCCCAACACUGAAUCCAGCAAUGAAACUACCAGGUCAGGACACACAGACAAGGACAGUAAUGCUGAAAAUUCACAUUCGCAGCCUGAACAACUAGCUACCAAUUCUACAGAAAAAAAGGAGAGUUCAUUUCCUUCAGGAAAAGAUGAAGAAGGUGAAAGUCAUAGUCAAGACUCUGAAAAUCCUGCAGAUACCAGUAGCCAGGACUAGGUACCUAGGACUAGUACAGUGAAUUAUCAGAAAACCAUGGGCCAGUUUAAGUUAAGGGGAGGGAGAAAUCACUAUCUAAAAUUUAUUCUAAAGAACAGAAAGAAAAUCAUGUCUCAAAUAUUAACCUUCUAUUUGUGAUUUUGUCAUAUUUGUGUUUUUUUAAUCUUUGAUGACAGUGGAUUAGAUAUUUAGCAAGCAGUUUUAAGACCAGAUCCAAUAAAUGAAUGUAUUCUCUAAUGGAUUUAAGGAUUUAAGUUUUCAAGUUUUAAACUAUUUCCAGUGUUUAGAAAUACUCAUGUACUGUCUGAUACAUCCAAUAUACUCUUGAGAGACUCCAGUCUACUCUCUGAAGAAAAUCAAGAGGAUCAUUUCAUUUUAUGUAGUCAUGCUGUCGUUUGAUAUUGAGAUUAGUUUUGAAGCUGGAAGAGACAGUUUAGUCACCCCAGAUGUGUUCAGAAAGUAAUUUGGAUCCUGUAAUUCCAACACCUCAGUGGGCUGACUUCUGGCUUCUGAUAAGUCAAGUGGAUGUCUUUGGGAGGUCUGGCCUCACUGGCAUCUGUCAGCCCUGCUGUCUCCACUCUCCUUUUCCUGAGCUCUCUUCAGCCACCAUCUUUGUUGGUUUCUGUCUGCAUUUCUAGUACAGACUUAUAGGAUCUAGUGGGAUC